AUGAAAAGGCUCCAAGGCAAAGUUGUGAUAGUGACCGGCGGUGCUAGCGGCAUCGGGGAAGCGACCGCUCGACUUUUUGCCGAUCACGGCACUCGCGCCGUCGUGAUCGCCGACAUCCAAGUCGAGAAGGGCGUCGCCGUGGCGGAGUCCAUCGGCCUCGACAAGUGCAGCUUCGUAAAGUGCGACGUUAGCGAGGAGGAGCAAGUGAAGGCCAUGGUAGAUUGGACGGUCCAAAAGUACGGCCGGCUAGACGUCAUGUUUAGCAACGCCGGCUUGCCGGGCCUCUCUGAGCAGAAGGUCCUGGACCUCAACUUCUCCGACUUCGACCGGGUUUUCCGCGUCAACGCGCGAGGCCCGGCGGUGUGCGUGAAGCACGCGGCGCGGGCGAUGGUGGAGGGGAGCGUGAGGGGGAGCAUCAUCUGCACGGCCAGCGCGUCUGCCACGCGCGGCGGCAUGCGGGUAACGUACUACGUCAUGUCGAAGCACGCGGUUCUUGGGCUGGUCCGGUCGGCGAGCCAGCAACUGGGGGCCCACGGGAUCAGGGUCAACUGUGUGUCGCCGGGGGCGACUCCAACUGCGAUGUUUUCUCCCAACCGCGAAGAGGCUUUGAGGUUAGUGGACAAAAAUUAUGGGCCGCUGAUUUGCCUGAAAGGCAUAGCGCCAGACGCGAAGCACGUGGCUAACGCCGUCCUGUUCCUGGCUUCCGACGAGUCGGCGUUUAUCACUGGCCUUGAUUUGGCGGUGGACGGUGGUCUCAUUCGUCUAGCCAAUCCCGGUUCCAAUUCUGGCAGUAAUUGA